GGCGUUGCUGGUUGAGUGGUGGUGUAUUGGAAUACUAAAAGAAAAUAUACUUCACUGACUGCUAGCCAUGACCAACAUGGCGACACCGGUGGAUAGGGGAUUCAUGGUGGCAGCCAUUGAUCUCGGAACGACCUAUUCUAGUCAUGCUUUCUCCUUCAAAUCUGAUUAUUUGCGAGACCCGCUUCAAAUCUACGCUGGGAGAUGGCAUAGUGGAAACGAUCUAUCCCUCAAAACGUCCUCAGUCCUUCUCCUAAAUCCAGACAAGUCUUUUAAUUCGUUUGGAUUUGAAGCAGAGAACAAGUUUACUGACAUGGCAGAGGAUGACACCAUGAAGGAUGAACUGGAAACGUUUUAUUACAUAGAUUCCUUCAAGAUGAUACUUUAUCAAGAUACGGAAAGUGACCAUAUUCAAAAUGGGAUUCGGCGUGACAUGGAAAUUGAUGAUAUUUUCGGAAAGACGAUAUCAUUGAUGGAUGUCAUUGUGAAGUCGAUAUGGUACCUCAAACAACAUCUUCUGGAUGAGCUGAACUCUCGUGGCUUUGAGACUGGGGUCAAGGAUGUCCGAUGGGUCAUUACAGUACCAGCCGUAUGGACAGACCAGGCGAAACAGAUAAUGAGAGAAUGCGCAAUCAAGGCCGGUAUUCCUGACGAUGUACUUUUGCUCGCAUAUGAACCGGAAGUGGCGGCGCUAUUCUGCAAACAACUUCCUCUAGAUCAAGUCAGUGGAGCAAACAGAAACAUAUUCCAGGAAGGUGACGGAAUCAUGGUGGUGGAUCUCGGAGGGGGCACCGCUGACAUCACGGUCCAGGAGGUAUCCGGGAACAAGAUGAGGAGUACCUUUACCGUUAGUGGGGGACCAUGGGGAGGUGCAAGAGUCAACGCCGCAUUCAUUAGCUUCUUAAUAGAGACAUUCGGUAAUGAGGUAAUCAGAAGGUUGAAAAGAACGGAAACUGGAGAAUUUCUAGAGCUCAUCCGUAAAUUUGAGGUUAAGAAACGAAAUACGGAUAAAUUGAGAGAAGGGAAUGACCUGGUUAUCCGACUCCCUUUAGCACUUCUUCAAUUAUACGAAGAAUUCAACGACAAAGUCUAUCAAAGCUCCUCUGAUUGUGUUACUUUGAAAAAAGACAAAAUGCACAUCAAACCAUUCAAAUUUGAUAGUUUCUUUCGUGAAACAAUCUCCAAUAUCACGGAACAUCUGAAAUCCUUAUUGGAUGGCAACAAGAUCAGCGUAUCCACUAUUCUAAUGGUAGGAGGGUUUUCAGAGUGCAAACUUGUCAGCGAUGCAAUCAAAGAAGCAUUUCCUCGCCACCAUGUUGUUAUACCUAUGGAAAGUGGUAUAUCUGUCCUCAAGGGAGCUGUCCUGUACGGUCACCGACCAGAAUCAAUCACCGCAAGGUACUGCCACUAUAGUAUAGGUAUAAGUCUUAACAAGCUGUACGACCCUACAGAGCAUGUUGGGGCUGCGACAUUCAAGUCUGGAGAGACAGUCAAAUGUGGAAGCUGCUUUGAAACUUUCUUCCGUCAAGGACGCAUCGUGGAAAUGGGCGAGAAGGAAACUACCGAGGUGCACAGCGACCAUAGAGCAAGCGACAGGGAGAUGUGGAAGUAUGAUGUCAAGGAAAUUGAAAUCUACACGUCUAAGAAAUCUAACACGAAAUUCGUCACAGAGGCGGGCUGCAACCGCCAUGCAAUAAUUACGAUUGAUCCACCAGAAGGAGGCUGGCCGGAAAUAGUCGACGGGAAAAUCGAAAUGGAGGUUGGCGGAACAGAGGUGAUUGUUCGAUACAUCGAUCAUAUUUCUCAGAAGUCCACAGUUGCAAAACUUGACAGUUUAACAUGCUUUGGCUAAUAGACAAAUGCAAACCGGGCUUUCCAUGUCCUUAAUAACAACGUACAGUGAAAACCAGGUUUAACGACAUAUCCAAAAAUAUGACACUGUCACGUAAUGUGUCGGUAAAGUCAGGUUUCACUGUGCAGGUUUUGUUGUUCGAUAGUAAUUAUGACACAUUAGACAAGAAAUAUACCGUGUGUUUUGAAAAUUCUUCGUCAAAUACUUUAUCGUACUGAUGACAUCAUUUUUAAAAUUUGCACACGAGUUCACCGGCUCCUAUAUCACGAAAUUAAAAGGGCUAUUGUCUAUACAGCUCUAUAGAUCGCAUCUGUUGCAUUCCUAGUCCGAUUUUAAAUUAUUAGUUCUAAAUGCUUGUCAGUUACGUUAUGAUUUAUAAGUUCAUUUGUUUUGGUUCAUCGACAAUCUUUUGAGAUAGUUGGUUAUUUUUCUGAUAAAAAUUUCAAUUGAUAUAAACAUAGUCACAAGUUAAGAAAAUAAGCACAUGCAAUGCUAUUUUUAACCAAAUAUACAAUUGAUAUAUAAUUGAUACGUGUGAGUAAGUGCAUCCCUUUAUUUCUCUCUAUAUAUGGUAAUAAUAUAUAUACAUAUAACAUUGUAAUACGAUUGACGAAGGAAGACAACUUCAUGAUUCGUGCCCUGACCGGGCCCCGAACUCAUGGUCUACGGCAAUCAAUCGCUUAGCCAGAAAUAUUGACGUUACAUCAAUGCAAUGUAAUGUCGACGUGACGUCAUGGUAUUGUUGACGUGACGAAAUACAAUUGUUAAGAACGUGAAAAGAGCACGUGUAGCUUGUCUUUCCCCUAGGGUCAGAUAAGAAAUUCUCACCCCGGUAAAACCACGGAUAUCCCUGUCCGAAGAGGAAUGUUAAUCCUGGUGGGUUACUUUCACUUUUGCUCUUUGUACCCAUAGACUAUGUCCAUACUCGAUACACCAAGGGUCACGUUCAUAUUCGCUCCAUGCAUAGUGAGUUACGCUCUCCGUACCUCUAGAAUAUGUCCAUCCUCGAUACACCAGGAGUCACGUUAACUUUUACUCUUUGAACUUUAAAAUAUGUCCAUCCUCAAUAAUCCAAGGGUUACGUUCACUUCCGCUCUAUGUACCCCUAAAAUACAGUUGGGAGCAAACUAAACUUGGUACCAAGUGCACUUCGUAGUGCACACGUAGUGAACAACGUAGUGCACUAGACUAAACAUCGUAGUGCACUUGAGUUCACUACGAUGUUAACUCCAGUGCACUACGAUGUUAACUCCAGUGCACUACAAUGUUAACCCAAGUGCACUAUGAUGUGCACUUCAGUUCUUGGGUAAAUGUUGUUAUGAGCUAGGCCUAUAUGAUUUGAUGUGUUGUAUAUUAUGUGUGCAAGUUAAGUUUUGAAGGUAUAGCUACCCAUGUUCGUGUAUGUAGCACAAUUAAACCUUCUGACUCAGUACUAAUUUAGACUUGCUGACAGAGAGAUUUCUUAUUUAGACUUAAAUAUAAUAUAUUCUGUCAAAAUGUCAGUAUUAAUGUAUAAAGGCCAGAGGAAUUCAAUCCAUGCCAGAUGCAGGAAAUGUGUAUUUUUAAUACUAUGCUAAAACAAUAUGAAAUAUUAAAUUCCAUCUUCAGACAUU